CCUGAAGAAAACAACCAAUCGUACGACAUUUUACUAAAAGCGCAGGGCCAACCGACAGGAUCCUCCUUAACUCCUCCGAGCAGUUUGAAACUGUCAGGGUACCGGGGCCCGGGACUAUCCUAGAGUGAGCGCCGGUCUGCCGCUGGCGCUGGGCAGACUAGAAACCGGCGGUCACGAGCUGGCGCUGACAGUUUUGUAAAGGAUGUCCUCAGAUGAAGAGAAAGCCUCAGCUACAGCUCUGCCAAGAGACGUUGAUCCAGAUAGUUCAGUUUCUUCAAAUCUUCAGACUGAAUAUGAAGAGCUGCUUCGAUAUGCUGUAGUGACACCAAAGAGUGAUACAAUUACCUCAAAACAGUCUUAUCCUAAGUCUGGAGGAACAGAUGACAGGAUAUUGAGUGCAGUGGCUGAAGAGCCACAUAUUUCAGGAAAGGACCCUGUAGGAAGAGAACACAGAAAUGAAUCUGGGAGAAUCAUAGAAAUCAACAGUCCAAGUAUUUCAAAAACAGAAGUUUUACCAUUAUUGUCAUCACCAAAGAGGAUCAGUCAUCCAAUCAUGGACUUCUUCAGCUCAAAUCAUUUAAGUGACUCUUCACCAGGAACUUCUAAUCCCAGAGAAAAGGAAUUUUAUGACAGAUUUUUAAACGAAUCAUGCAUUACUGAUGAAAGCUUUCAAAAAAUAGAAAACGUAAUUGAUCUCUGGUGUUCAGGUCUUAAGACAAAUAUUCUUGCUGAACUAAGUAAAUGGAAACUUAAUUUUAUUGAUUGGCAUAGAGCAGAAAUGAAAAGAGAGAAGGACAAACAAGCAAUACAAAUAAGAAGAAUGCAGAACCAAAUAGAUGACUUGAAUGAGCUGCAGAAAACUUAUGAAACUUCUGCUGGGAGAAAAGAUGAGGUAAUUGCUACCUUGACUGAAGCUACAAGCAAGCAAAAAGAAAGAAUGGAUUUGUUGAAAACAUUCUUCCAUUGGCGGAUUGAACACUUCAAGGCCAAACAGGAGAUGUAUGAAGCUAGGCUAGCUGACCAGCAUUACCACAAAACAUUAAAGAAGAAAAUCUGGAAGGCCUGGCGCUCUACACUGAAAUCACAAUGGAAAGAUGUGGUUGAAAAAGCUUGUCAAUCCAGAGCUGAAGAAAUUUGUAUCCAGAUUUCUUGUGAUUAUGAAGCUCAAAUUGCAGCAUUAAAUGCUAAUUUGGAAGCUGCAAGAACUGAGAUCCAAAAACUCCAGUGUGAAAAAGAAAAAUUUGAAGAAUCCAUGAAAAAAGCUUUCAUGCGUGGCGUGUGUGCAUUAAAUCUAGAAGCCAUGAGUAUAUUUCAGGGCAGAACUGACAGUGGCAUAGAUAGCACAAAUAAGAAAGAUGACCAUGGUCCCAGUGGCUCAGGGAAAGAUGGUUCUAUUCAUUUUGAUCCUUCAGUUCUCUCAGUACCACCACCACCACCACCACCACCAGCACAAGCAGCAACAGAAGAAAUGUUUGCGCCAAAAGUUGUGACAUCUGUUCAACAGAAGGCAGGAAGAACAAUUACGGCUCGAAUUGCAGGGAGAUCUGAUUUGCCCAUUAAAACCAGUAGAAAUUGUGGCAGUUUAGCUGUAAUGGGGGUAUUGCCUCCCAUGAGUUCCGUUGUUAUAGAAAAGCAUCAUCCAGUCACACAGCAAACCAUUCCUCAAGCUCUUGCCGCAAAAUAUCCUCGAACUAUACACCAUGAAACAGGUGGCACAUCUUCAAGACACACAGGACCCAGUGGAAAAACAUCUGCCCUGGCUUCUCACUCCAUAAAGGUGGUUGACUAAACUGAAUAUUACUAUACAUAAAAAGGGAUUGGUUUUUUUUUUCAAUUCCUGAUUUCCCUUCCUAAAAAAUUCUCGUGCAUUUGCUAUCAUGGAACUUCCCAAUGAAGCUUAGACUGGCAUAGCAAAACACUGUGGAUAACAUCAUGUUCAUCUUUUCAGAAUCACCAGAGACUGAUUCAAUGGAAAAAUUAUUUUGAGGAAAAUAAAAUAUCCUUUGUAACUAUAUGCAGAAAU